CUUUGUGAAUCUUUAAUUGAAAAUGGUGCUCUUAAAAAUACCGAUGAUUACCUUCACUAUUUGACAUUGGCGGCAAAUCAUAAUUUCGAUGCAUUCUAUGCUCUGGGUGAAACUCUUUGGUAUGGUAAGUAUGGCAUCAAUAAAGAUAAAAAGAAAGCACAACGAUAUUUGAGAUUGGCUGCCAUGGAAAAAUGUCCCAAUGCUUUUGAUCUUCUUAAUAAAUUAGGCAUAACAAUUUAUGAA